AUGAGCCCAACUGAAGCCCAUCAGAAUACAGGGAUCAUCCGGUUACUUCUCCAUUUCCAAUGGAUCUGGGUCGGGCUUUUCGCUGUGGAUGAUGACAGUGGAGAAAAUUUUCUGGAAGUCCUGGAGCCCUUGCUUUCCCAAAAUGGAAUCUGUUUGGCUUUGAUACAAAAAAUUCCAAACAAACUCAACUGGAAUGAUGUGGAUUAUCUCACUGAUUUAUUUUCAAAUACAUAUUUACCAUUUAGAGACUGCAAAGCUAACACAUUUAUCUUCUAUGGAGAUUCUAUGGCACUUAUAACAUCUACUCUUAUUGUAUUCUUAGCCAAACCCAGCUCUAAGGAGAAUGCUUCAUUGAGAAAAGUGUGGAUUAUGACAGCACAAAUUGAUUUUGCACUAAGCAGCCUUCAGAGGACCUGGGAUUUCCAGUUCUUCCAUGGGACCAUUUCCUUCACAAUUCCCUCAAAUGACCAUCAGGGCUUCCAGAACUUUCUUCAAGACAUAAAACCUUACCAGGAACAAGGAAAUGGCUUUCUCAAAGAAUUCUGGGAACAAUCGUUUGACUGUUUCUUCCCAAAUCCCCAGGAACCAAUGAGCAUCAGUGGAAUCUGUUCUGGAGAGGAGAGAUUGGAGAGUCUUCCUGGGUCUCUCUUUGAGAUGAGCAUGACUGGCCACAGCUACAGCAUCUACAAUGCAGUCUAUGCCAUAGCACAUGCUAUUCAUGUCCUAUACUCUUCCAGAUACAAUCACAGGCUAAAUGAUGGUUUUCAAGGAAUAGUAAUGCGGGUUCUCCAACCAUGGCAGGUCCACCCCUUUCUACAAGGCAUUGCAUUUAACAACUCAGCUGGAGAACGAUUAUCUUUCAAUGAUAAAGGGGAAAUGGGAGCUGCGUUGGAUAUAGUGAACCUGGUCACAUUCCCCAACAAGUCCUUCCAAAGGGUGAAAAUUGGAAGGGUAAAUCCCAAUGCUCCUGAAGGACAAGAGUUCAUCAUUCAUGACAAUAUGAUUGUGUGGCAAAUCAGUUUUAACCAGGUGGCGCCCCUCUCUGUGUGCACUGAUCCCUGCAACCCCGGCCAUCAUAAGAAAAAGAAGGAAGGGGAGAAAUUUUGCUGCUAUGAUUGUGCUUUUUGCCCAGAAGGGAAGAUUUCAAGUCAACAUAACAUGGAGGAUUGCAUCAAGUGCCAAAGUGAUCAAUAUCCAACCAAGAACCAAGAUGGAUGCAUUCCCAAGACAAUAAGCUUCCUGUCUUUUGAAGAAGCUUUAGGAAUUAGUUUGGUUUCCAUAGCUGUUUGUUUGGCUAUGAUCACAACCGUCGUAUUAGGAAUAUUCAUUAAACACAAAGAUACCCCCAUCGUCCAAGCCAACAACCGGGACAUCACCUACAUCCUUCUCAUGGCUCUCCUGCUUUGCUUCCUCUCUUCUUUGCUAUUCCUUGGCCAACCAAGGGAUGUGACCUGCUUCCUCCGACAAUUUGCUUUCAGCAUUAUUUUCUCUGUGGCUGUUUCUUCUGUCUUGGCCAAAACCAUCACUGUGGUUGUAGCUUUCAUGGCCACUAAACCAGGGUCCAGCAUGAGGAAGUGGGUGGGGAAAACAUUGACCACCGGCAUUGUCAUUUCCUGCUCCCUCAUUCAAGCGGGCAUUUGUGUGGUGUGGCUGGCAACCUCGCCACCAUUCCCAGAUUUUGACACACAGUCACUGACUGAAGAGAUAAUAGCAGAAUGUAACGAAGGGUCUGUCCUCAUGUUCUACAUUGGCCUGGGCUAUAUUGGAUUCCUAUCCAGCAUUUGCUUAGUUGCAGCUUUCCUAGCCAGGAAGUUGCCUGACAUCUUUAAUGAAGCCAAGUUCAUCACCUUCAGCAUGCUGAUCUUCUGCAGUGUUUGGUUGUCUUUUGUUCCAGCCUAUUUGAGCACCAAAGGAAAACACAUGGUAGCCGUGGAGAUCUUCUCUAUAUUGGUGUCCAGUGCUGGGUUACUCAGCUGCAUCUUUUCCCCGAAAUGCUAUAUUAUUGUGUUGAGACCCGAACUGAACAAGAGAGAAAAACUAAUAAGAAGAAAAAAUAACAGUGUUAGUGAUUCCUAG